AUGCAACCCACGCAUCUUUGUCACCCGAACCUUUGUUUUUGUCCAUCAGAUGAGGAUGAGGCCACGACGUCAGGCAUCACCGAUGGCGCGGCCGAUGAGCAACAGAACCGCGUCAUAUUCGUCAACCGCCCACAGCCGCAGAAGUUCGUCAACAACAGGAUAUCCACAGCUAAAUACAGUGUGCCGUCGUUCGUCCCACUAUUCCUGUUCGAGCAGUUCCGGCGCUACUCCAACUGCUUCUUCCUGCUGAUCGCGCUUCUACAGCAGAUCCCGGACGUGUCGCCCACCGGCCGCUGGACCACGCUCACGCCUCUCAUCCUCAUACUCAGUGUUAGCGCCAUUAAGGAGGUCGUCGAAGAUUUCAAACGGCAUCGUGCAGACGAUGAGACGAACAGAAGGAAAGUGGAGGUCCUGAGGGAAGGGAGGUGGCAGAGCAUCAGGUGGGAAAAGCUGCAAGUCGGCGACAUAUGCAAGGUUGUCAACAAUCAGUUUUUUCCCGCCGAUCUCGUGCUGCUAGCUUCCAGCGAACCCCAAGGGAUAUCCUUCAUCGAAACAUCGAAUUUGGACGGUGAAACGAACCUCAAGAUACGCCAAGCCAGUCCUGAGACCGCUCGACUAGAUUCAGUGUCCUCUCUGGCCGACUUCAAAGCGACGGUGCAGUGUGAGCCGCCCAACAGACAUCUUUACGACUUUAAUGGAAUGCUGAAGGAAACUAAUGCUAAGACUGUCCCCCUAAACCUGGAGCAGAUGAUGCUCCGUGGAGCCAUGUUGCGGAACACGGCGUGGGUUCACGCAGUCGUCGUCUACACCGGACACGAGACCAAGCUCAUGAAGAACUCAACCAAAGCGCCCCUGAAGCGGUCGUCCAUCGACCGCCAGACCAACACUCACAUCCUGAUGCUGUUCCUCAUACUGCUGGUGCUGUCGCUGCUGAGCGCCGCCUGCAACGAGCUCUGGACUCGGGCAAGAGCAAGCGAUUGGUACGUCGGCAUCGAUGAGGCACAGAAUGCACAUUUCGGAUUCAACUUUUUAACGUUUUUGAUAUUAUACAACAAUCUUAUACCUAUAUCCUUACAAGUUACUGCUGAAAUAGUGAGAUUUUUUCAAGCGAAGUUCAUCGCGAUGGACAGCGAGAUGUACCACGAGCAGACCGACACGCCGGCGCUGGCGCGCACGUCCAACCUCAACGAGGAGCUGGGCAUGGUGCGCUACGUGUUCAGCGACAAGACCGGCACGCUCACCUGCAACGUCAUGGAGUUCCGCAAGUGCUCCAUCGCCGAGGUAAUCUACACCCGACCGGGUCCAAACGAGCGUCUCGAGGACACGUUAUUAUAUCAGAAUUUAGACAGUGGUCACCCUAGCGCGCCCAUCAUCACGGAGUUCCUGACCAUGCUGGCCGUCUGUCACACCGUUAUACCUGAGAUGGUGGACGGCAAGAUCAAUUAUCACGCGGCAUCUCCUGACGAGCGCGCGCUGGUGGAGGGCGCGGCGGCGUGGGGCUGGACCUUCGAGACGCGCACGCCGGCCGCCGUCACGGUGCGCGCGCGCGGCCGCCGCCUCACCUUCGCCGUGCUGCACGUGCUGGCCUUCAGCUCGGCGCGCAAGCGCAUGUCCGUCGUCGUGCGCACGCCCGAAGGCGAGAUCAAGCUGUACUGCAAGGGCGCGGACUCGGUGAUCUACCCGCGCCUGGCGGGCGGGCCGCGCGGGGCGGCGCACGCGGCCGGCACGCUGGCGCACCUGGAGCACUUCGCGACCGAGGGGCUGCGCACGCUCGUGUACGCCGUGGCCGACGUGCCGCCGCAGGUCUACGAGGAUUGGUCGAACACAUACCACAAAGCUAGUAUAGCGAUACACGAUCGAGAACAGAAGAUCGAAGAAGCGGCGCUACUCAUAGAAAACAACUUGCGGCUUCUCGGUGCCACCGCCAUCGAGGACAAACUGCAGGACGGCGUCCCGGAGGCGAUAGCGGCACUGCUGAAGGCGAACAUACACGUGUGGGUGCUGACCGGCGACAAGCAGGAGACCGCCAUCAACGUGGCGCACUCGGCGCGCCUGCUGCACGCCGCCAUGCCGCUGCUGCUGCUCAACGAGGACAGCCUCGACGCGACGCGUGAGAGUCUUUCGCGUCACUUGGCAGACUUCGGAGAGAACCUACGCAAAGAGAACGAAGUGGCGCUCGUUAUCGACGGACAGACACUCAAAUACGCGAUGGGUUGCGAUCUCAAGAAAGAUUUCCUCGACCUCUGCGUAUCGUGUAAAGUGGUCGUUUGCUGCAGAGUUUCACCCAUACAAAAGUCUGAAGUAGUAGAAAUGGUGUCCCGUGCCACGGGCGCGGUGACACUGGCGAUUGGCGACGGUGCCAAUGACGUGGCCAUGAUCCAACGCGCCUCUGUCGGUGUUGGCAUUUCUGGGGUCGAAGGGCUGCAGGCCGUCUGUGCCUCCGACUACAGCAUCGCGCAGUUCCGGUUUUUGGUACGGUUAUUACUAGUGCACGGCGCGUGGAACUACUCGCGCAUCAGCAAACUGAUCCUAUACUCCUUCUACAAGAAUAUCUGCCUCUACGUCAUUGAGCUCUGGUUCGCUAUAUACUCGGCUUGGUCUGGUCAAAUCCUUUUUGAGAGAUGGACGAUAGGUUUCUACAAUGUGGUGUUUACGGCGCUACCUCCCUUCGCUAUCGGGCUCUUUGAUAAGAUCUGCUCGCCGGAGAUAAUGCUCAGGCACCCCGUGCUGUACAUCCCGUCGCAGCAGGGGCUGCUGUUCAACGUGCGCGUGUUCUGGGUGUGGGCGGUGAACGCGCUGCUGCACUCCGUGCUGCUGUUCUGGCUGCCCGUGCUGCUGGCGGCGCACCACGUGCUGUGGCCGGCCGGCCGCGACGGCGGCUACCUGCUGCUGGGCAACCUGGUCUACACGUACGUGGUGGCGACGGUGUGCCUGAAGGCGGGACUGGCCACGCACUCGUGGACAUGGGUCACGCACGUAUCCAUUUGGGGCUCGCUGGCGCUGUGGAUCCUCUUCAUACUGGUGUACAGCAACCUGUACCCCGCGAUCCUCAUCGGCGCCGUGAUGCGCGGCAUGGACCGCAUGGUGUUCAGCUCGCUGGUGUUCUGGUUCGGCCUGCUGCUGGUGCCCGUGGCCACGCUGCUGCCCGACCUCGUCGUCACCGUCGUGCAUAACUCCGCCUUUAAGACAAUGACGGAGGCGGUGCGAGAAAGUGAGAUCAAGAAGCGAGACCCCGCUGCGCUGCUGGCGCAUCCUCGACACUCCCUCACGGAGACCGCGCGCCUGCUACAGAACGUUCGCAGCGUGUUCGGGCGCCGCUCCGCCGCGCGCGCCACCACCGAGCUCGAGCUGUCGCAUGGUUUCGCGUUCUCCCAGGAGGAGGGCGCGAGUGUGUCGCAAGCGGACGUCAUUCGCGCCUACGACACGAGUCGGCCGCGGCCGCGCUCCUGAGCU